CCACGCGCACAGCCUCGAUCGCCAGGUGGCACUGCGAUUCCCCGACGCGCCCGGGCUCGCUUCCUUCUUGGCAGCUCUUUAGCGGGCUGGGGAAGGGCCGGCCAGGCCAGCCGGGGUUGCAAAGCUCCAGCAAAACGCCCGGUCGGCUUGCAAAGGAAAGGCCGGGCGGCGGGCGAAGGAGACCUUUGGGGCGUGGGGUGAAGGUGGGCGAGCGGGUGGCGCGCGCGAGAGAGAGCCGGAGGGGCAGAUACGAUGACGCGGCGCAGGAGCCUCCGGAGCGCGCGCGUGGGAGGAGCGGGCCCAAAACGUCAGCAAGCGGGCCCCCCCUCCUCGCUUUGCAAACGGGACGCUCGUGCGCUGAGUUGAGCUGAUUCGUCUUUUUGCUUAUUUUCUUUUUCUCCCCUCUUUUUUUUUUUGCAUUUUAUAUUUUUGCAUUGCUACCCUUGGAGAGGCGCAUGCCGUGCAGCCUCUUGGGGAAAACAAACAAACAAACAAACAAACAAAAAACAAAACCCGAGAGGAUUUAUUUGCAUUUAUUUACUUGUGUAUUUAUUUACUUAUUUACUAAAAGAGGGCUGAGCGCCCUCGCUUUGCCUUUUUUUCCGGUUUUAAAUUGGCUUUCCGAUGGCAAGGGAAGCUGCAAAAUGGACUCUGUGUCGACUAAGCAAGAGAGAUGGGCGGAUGGGUUUUUAUGAGUUGCAUCCCUCACCCUGAAUGCAAAGCCACCUAUGGGGGAGCCAUCCCGUUAUUUUUAAAGCAAUAGAGCCUAAUUUAAGAUUAAGGUCCGAAGAAGAUGCUAAGGAUGCCAGAACAAGGUGGGGGACUGGGCGAUCUGUCUGGCAGUAGGAAGCUGAUGGCCUUAGGGGCUCUAGUGGGCUGGUUGCUGGUGGUCCACUUACUGGUCAAUGUUUGGUUGCUUUGCAUCUUAUCAGGCUUGUUGGCCUUACUGGGGGGCUGGUUGGGUUCCCAAAUGAUGGUGGGCACCAGCCACAAAAUUCACCUGGAGAGGUUUCUUCCCCUCGAAAGCUGCCCCCCGAAUCCCGAGGCAAAGAGGGAGUUGGAUGAAGAGAUCCGGAAUAUUAUUCAAAAGAUCAUUCGGGAUUUUGUAUCUUCCUGGUACCGGUCUGUGAGCCACGAGCAGAACUUUGAGAAGGAGGUUGAAAAAGCAAUGAUGGGGUUGGCUCUGGAGCUCAAAAGGAGGAUGCUUCUGGUGGACAAGACGGCCUUGACCCAAAAGGUCCUCCUCCUGGCAGGGUGCCACCUGCAGGCCUACAAGAAGGUCCAGGAGAAACGGAAGGAAGCAGAAAGCCUUGGAGACCCUUCCGAGGAGGCCAGUAGACUGUGGCAAGCCUACUGUGAAUUCUCAGAACCUCAUUUGGCUGUUCAAAGUCCUACACACCAGGUGGAAUAUACUAGGCGCAUGGUGGACUUGCUGCUACGUGUCUUGGUGCCCGAGCCCCAUCUGGAAAGCAGGACUGGGCGCUUUGUGGUGGUGGAGCUCGUGACUUGCAACGUGCUGAUGCCUGUGAUUAACAAAAUGGCAGAUCCUGACUGGCUCAACCAGCUGUGGAUUGGCCUUUUCUCCAGGAAGGCCACCGGCACCACCGAGGUAGUGGAGACUUCCCCAGAAGUAUCGCCCGCCUCCUCAAGCCAGCCCACGGUGCCCAGUGUUUUGCCCCUGGUCCUUCAGCCAGAAAUGGCUACUGAGGGUGAUAAAACCCUACCGAAGGAUUUUGAGCCUUUCAACAGGAACGUGGUAGAUAAUUUGGAGAACUUCUUGGUGGAGGGAAAGGAACCAGUUGACCGAGCGCUGAGCAUUCCCAUGAAUGAGAAAGAUAAUGGUAGCGUGGCUGCACCCCUACUUCACUCUGCUACCCUCGGGUCCUUCUUCCCCAGUGGAGACUUGGAAGUUGAGUCCCCCAUGUCUGAUGCAGGGAAAGACUCUAGUUCCCUGAUUGUUGUGUCCGCAGAAGAGCUCUUUGCUAGCUCCCUUCUUGAUUUGGAAGGGUCUGUUGAGGUGGAUGCAGAAGACAGUUUGGGCGAGAAAGACAGGUGCGCAGAGGAUAUUGCUGAGGGCUUCCCCUCUGAAGCCAACCUCCAUGCCGCCUCCCUCGGCCCAUGUCCUGACAUCCACAUAGAGCCAGUUGCAGAAGACACCUUAGCUUCUUUGACUGCUCUUUUGGAGGAUCCGGAAAAGACUUUCUUGAGACGGCCAUCCUACCUGGUGAAAGAGUUGGAGCCACCUGGAAGCUUGGCACACAGCCCUCAAGAUCUGCCAAGUCUGCUUUCUUCCUCCCCCACUGCCCCUAUGGGCACCUUCAGCUUUGAGCCACUCAGUCCUGAUGGCCCUGUCAUCAUUCAGAAUCUGCGUAUCACUGGAACAAUCACUGCUCGGGAGCAUAGUGGAACAGGAUUCCAUCCUUACACCUUGUACACUGUGAAGUAUGAGACAACAUUAGACAGUGACAGCACUAACAGCCUCCAGCAAGUGGCAUACCAUACCGUGAACCGAAGGUACCGUGAGUUCUUGAACCUACAAACCAGGCUGGAAGAGAAACCAGAUCUACGGAAGUUCAUAAAAAACAUAAAAGGUCCAAAAAAACUGUUUCCGGAUCUUCCAUUUGGUAACAUGGACACAGAGAAAGUUGAAGCCAGAAAAAGUCUCUUGGAAUCGUUCUUGAAGCAACUAUGCGCAAUUCCUGAAAUUGCCAAUAGCGAAGAAAUGCAAGAAUUCCUGGCCUUGAACACGGACGCAAGGAUUGCCUUCGUCAAAAAACCAUUUGUGGUCUCCAGGAUUGAUAAGAUUGUAAUGAACGCCAUUGUGGAUACAUUAAAAACGGCGUUCCCCAGAUCUGAGCCACAGAGUCCUACAGAAGAACUGAGUGAGGCAGAAGUAGACGGGAAACAGCAAAGUGAUGGAAAGAAAGCCAGCAGGCCUAAGCUGAAAUUCCCAUCUGGCAAAAUGCUGAAUGUGGCCGGAACACAGGAGAAGAUUUUAUAUUCUUUCAGGGAAGGCCCGAACGUCUCCGAAUUCCUCUCCCUGGCAAGGAUGGAGUCCUUUAUUCAGAACCAGGAGAGAUUGAUGGAGGCCAUGUCCGGCCAAGGUCCAGAGAAAGAGGAGGAUGAAGAAGCUCCCUCAGAUUUGAAUCCAAUGCCUGUAGAGAUGCUACAGCAAACAGCAGAUGAAGAGACAGAUUCUGGAACAGAAACUUUGCUGGCCGAUAUUGUUCUGGACCUUCUUUGUCUGAUCAUGGUAGACCAGUGGAGUUGGCUAUGGUCAGAGAACAUGCAGAAGAUCCUACAGCUGCUCUUUGGGACAUUGAUCCAGAGGUGGGUUGAAGUCCAAGUAGACAACUUGACCUGCACCCAGCAUUGGGUGCAAUACCUUCGGCUGCUCCAGGAAUCCAUUUGGCCUGGCGGAAUCUUGCCCGUGGUGCCCAAACCACUCAGGACGGAAGAGCAGAAGGCUGAGACUAAGGAACAGGCCCUGCAGAUUCUCAUGGCAAUACUGCCUGAGUCACUCCAAGAAUUUUUAGGUAUCAAUAAAUGUCAACAAAGCUGGAGCCUUGUCUUAGAAUCCAUGCAGCAUCCAAGCAUCAACAGGCAUGUCAUUUACUCCCUUAUGGACAUCCUGGUGGAGUUUUUGAUCCCCGAUUCCCGGAUGGAGGCAGCACAAACAACACCACUAAUGACUUCAGUCUGUGGAAAAGCUGAAAAAGCUAGUACUUCAACACGUUAAUUCAGGGUUCUUCAAACUUGGCCCUUUUAUGACUUGUGGAUUUCAACUCCCAGAAUUCCUCAGCCAGUGUGGCUGAGGAAUUCUGGGAGUUGAAGUCCACAAGUCAUAAAAGGGCCAAGUUUAAAGACUCAUGUGUUAAUUCAUACUGUGAAGCAAAGAGGCAAAGCCCUAGGCAUGAUCUCAUAUGAAACGUUGCUGUUGGUCUGACGCAGGAGCUGUUGAAGAAGGACCAACAGAUAAAAUUCUGGUAGAGACCAGGGACUCCUAUAAAGGAUGUUCCAGAGCUAUUUCUGCCCAAUAAAGUAGUUAGUUCAAGAACCUGGAGGAAUUGCAAAGGAGUUCAGAAUGAGGAGAGAAAACGUUUUAAAUGUGAACAAUCUGGAGAAUAGGAUAAGACUUUAUCUACAUUCCUGGAGAGAUGUAAUUUUACUUUCUGCAUGUUUUAAUUUAAUUUUGGUGCUCCUUAUGUACUUAUAUGGGCAUUCCAUGAUAUGACCUCUCUGUUUUAAUUGCAGCAAACAGCAAUUAAUCCCUCUUUUUUUUUUUUUUGCUUUCUAUUUUGUACAUCAUGUAUUUGUCCUUGAAAUUUACAGUAUUCCUGGAAUCUCAGAACUACCAAGUGAAGGUUUGAUUGUUUUCCAAAAUUGAUGUAAAUGGCUCAAGUCCUUUGUUUCUGGAGAGACAACAGAACUCAACUCAAUCAUUUUGCAGCCCCUCAACUGGCUUUGAAGAAGUGUACUGAAUUGCUGUUUGUUUAACCAUAUGGGAUGCUAUUACUCAUUUAGAGAAUUGGGAUGGUUUGCACUUUUUUUAUGAUGGACUUGCUGCAAAGGCCAAACCAAAUUGGAUGAGUGUAGAUCAGGGGUCUUCAAGCUUGGCCCUUUUAUGACUUGUGGACUUCAACUCCCAGAAUUCCUCAGCCAGGCACCCUGGCUGAGGAAUUCUGGGAGUUGA